CACCGAUGAGCUCUUGGUGACUGUCAGCUGGGAAGCAGGGAAGGCUGCACGGAUACACGCCCUGGUUACGAGGUCGGCAAACUGUUGAGCGAUUUCGUCUCGUCUUCCGCUCUGCCUUCGGAAUAAGGACGUCUUUCGGCUUCGCCUUUGCCUUUCUCGGGAACUGAGCAGUGAUGGAUAAGAGUCAGCACGUGCAGAAGGCCAAGCUUGCAGAGCAGGCUGAGCGCUACGAUGACAUGGCCGCCUCUAUGAAGGCUGUGACGGAGCUGGGAGAGGAGCUGACAGACGAGGAGAGGAACCUGCUCUCUGUUGCCUACAAGAACGUGGUGGGCGCCCGUCGGUCAUCCUGGAGGGUCAUCUCUAGCAUCGAGCAGAAGACAGAGGGCAGCGACAAGCAGCAGAUGGCUAAAGAGUAUCGUGAGAAAAUUGAGGCAGAGCUACAGUCCAUUUGCAAAGACGUGCUGAAUCUCCUGGAUAAGUUCCUGAUCCGCAGCACGUCUCCAGCAGAGAGCCAGGUGUUCUACCUGAAGAUGAAGGGAGACUACUACCGUUACCUGGCGGAGGUUGCUACAGGAGAUGAAAAAACCAACAUCAUCCAGAAGUCACAGGAAGCAUACCAGGCUGCAUUUGACAUCAGCAAAGACAACAUGCAGCCUACCCACCCCAUCCGGCUCGGCCUCGCACUCAACUUCUCGGUCUUCUUCUAUGAAAUCCUGAACUCUCCAGAGCAGGCCUGUGAACUCGCCAAGAAGGCUUUUGACGAUGCGAUUGCUGAGCUUGACCAGUUAACUGAGGAUUCAUACAAAGACAGCACGCUGAUCAUGCAGUUACUAAGAGACAAUCUGACACUGUGGACCUCGGACAAUCAACCGGACGUUGAGGAUACGGAGGAGGGUCGAGAAAACUAAGGCCACAAACUCCAGUCAGCGCUUCAACAACCAGAGAGACUCGCUCUCUACUACUCCUCACCAGCCUCUGCCAUCAGUGUGUGUGCAUUUGUACUGGAGUGUGACUGAAAGAGAGUGUGAGUGUAUGUGUGGGCAUGUGUGUAUGUGAGACUGAGUGCAUUUUGGGCAGGGGUCUGUCUGGAGAACUUGAGGUUCCUUUGGCACAAAAGUAGGGCUGCACAGUACAGGCAAAACUCCAAAUGAACAAUUCACAUUAGUACAUUUUUGUGACCAAAGUAAUGUCACCGAAAUUUAUUCUUAAUAUGUUUGUAACUGGGUGGAAUGCUCACAUUAACUUAUAAUCAGAGAGGUCGGCUAGAGGGCUCAUUUGCAUAUCGCAGCCUGUGAUGUCAGUAUUGCAAAGGCCAAGAUCAUGUUAAGGUAUUAAGAAGCAGUGUAUUGUGCAGCCCUGCACAAAAGUGAGGGAAAGGGUGAUUUUUAGUAUAUUGUUUUGUAUGUGCUUCAUAUUUACAUGAAAACAUCGAGAAGUCUUGUUUGAUCUGUGGUUUACACCAAGAAGCCAACAUGAACGUACGUGUGCAUAUGUAUGUAUGUGUGUGUGUGUGUGUGUGUGUGUGAGAGAGUGAUUGAGUGAGUGAACGAGAGACGAGACAGCUUGUUUAGGGGUGUGUUUAGACAUUUGGGCUGGCAUGGGCUUUAGACUGCCAUUGUGUUCCUUCUUCACCAGUCUUGAGAAAUGAACGUUUUUAAGGGACAGAAAAUGACGUUUGUUCCAUUUUUCUUCCAGUUCAUUUCUCUUCAUGAUGUGCGUCACCUUUUCUGAGGUACAGCACGAGCGCAAACGAGGACUUUUUGCUUAUACUGUAACUUUGAUACGUCUUUUUCAGCCGAGCCGUAAGACUUUUACAUGAGCUUGCUUAUCUAUCCAGUUACUGUUUAGGAGGGUUUCGUUUAUAUGUACUUCUUGCGCCUUUUUUUGGAUUUGUUUAGUCUUUUGUUACUCGCCUAGAAUGCAUGAGGCUAAA